AAGUCAGAAAUUGGCAAACGCCAUACCAAAACUCGGCGUUGCAUUAAAAGCCCCAGCGCGGGCGUAUAACGUAUUUUCACAUCGAUUAACACGAAAGAGUGAAUAACGACAGCGUGAAGGCGUCGUACCUGAUUGAUCAUCUGGUGUAGCGACUUGCCAAGUCAAUUUACACCUCGACCCGGACCACCAAGCCUCUUGUGAAACGACGUAUCGGAAUUGCGUGUACCUCAACACUCGACGACAAAUCCGUACCGUUCCCCAUGGAAUAUCCAUAAAGUGGGAGACUUAUAAAAGGCUUUAUAAACCAUUUGGCGCCUGCAGAAAAUACCGAUCACCAUUACGUACUCGGAGAAACGGUAUAAUAAACCAUAACAGAUCGAACUCUACGGUGUACAAAGCGCUGAAUCAAAAACGCGCAAGUUUUCAUCGGUAAAAAAGUUCAACGACGGAUGCGAUCCAACAUGAUCUUAUUUCUUGGCUCUCUGCUCUUCGUCGCGAGCUGUGUCCUUGCCAGACCCGCCUCCUUCGACGAGUAUCUCCACGCGAUCGAAGACGACAUCGCUUCCGUCGGUUCUUCUUAUCGGGAUGUACGCGCUUCGGUUCCGCUCGGUUUUGCAACGGAAGUAGAAGACCUUUUGACCGCUGGAACGGAAGCCAGAAAAUCACGGGAGGCAAAUGGUGAAAAAAAACCAAAAAGAACAACGAUGAAAAAUGCAUCGGGCAAAUCCGAUGAAGGUGGUUACUAUAAAACUUACGGUAGCGACGCCGAGGGCGAAAAGGGUUACCUGAAACAAACGUACAGUAAAGGUGACAAUGGUUACAAAACUCUAGACACUUUUCACAAACAGGACGGUGAUAAUUACGGAUUUGAAAAGCACACCGCUUUCGGAAAGGCCAAGGGUACCGAGGAUGGUGGAAAGCAUGGAAAAAGUGGCUCGUACAGAAGCCACGAAGGUUCUCACGGCGAAGAUCACGAGGGCGCCGGGACCAUCGUAGACGCUCAUUAUUCCCCCGUCGAAAGUGACCACGCCGGCUACUCGGAGGGCGAGCAUUACAGCGAGGGUGGAGAUGAAGCUGGGUAUUACACAGACGGCGGCGAGGGGGGUGACUCCGGGCAUUAUUCCGACGGGGGUGAUGGCGCCCACCACAUCUCCGAGGGAGAGGGUAGUUCCGGAAGUUACUCGACCGGAGGUGGCAGCGGUGAACACUAUUCCUCAGGGAAUGAAGGCGAGGGUUCUCACGGUACUCAUAGUUCCUAUUCUACCGGGGAUGAAUCCGGCGAUCACCAGGCAUACGACGAAGGAGGUUACGAGGGCGAUCACUAUUAGAUGAUUAUGUGACGAAACGCCGGGAGAGUUAAUUCAAAGUCGAAACGUUCGAAUUCAGAUUCAGGAACGAGUUUGACUUGGAUGUUGAUACGGGCCGAUAUAUGUAUGUUCUUGAUCAGCUGCUUACCGUAUUAAUUGUAUAUAUAUAUAUUUGAGAUGAAAUGAUUUCCAAAUAGCUUCGGAAGCAAAUUAUACGAUCUUGUUGAAUAGUUGAUUAUUAAAAAUAUUGAAAUCGUUGAUUUAAA